ACACACACACAGACUCUCGCACACACCACUACUGCUGCUACGGGAUCCAUCCGUUCGAAAAAUGUCAUCUGUUUAACACAUACUGUCGAUACAAGGAAUCUUUUCGGAGUAGUUCGCUCAACAAUAGUCGGUCGAGUGGAAGUGUCCUCAUAGUCGCGAGAGCGAGUCUCCAGCUCCGAGAAAAUGAAUAUGUCGCGGCCCGACGGAGUACGGAGACGUACGCCCGCCGUCAACCAAGCGAAUGGCCAGAACAACGCCGAAGCUGACAAAUGUCGAGACGACGACAAGAAAGAUGAUAUCGACGACAAAGAGACGAGGAUGACUUUAAUGGAAGAGGUUCUGUUAUUGGGACUCAAAGAAAAAGAGGGUUACACAUCGUUUUGGAAUGACUGCAUUUCAUCAGGUUUGAGAGGUUGUAUCCUUGUUGAACUCGGUCUCAGAGGACGAAUCGAUCUCGAAUCGGCUGGAAUGCGACGGAAGUCGUUGCUCAUGAGAAAGGUUAUUGUCAAAAACGACGCACCUGUCGGCGAUGUCAUUCUGGAUGAAGCCCUGAAACACAUCAAGGAGACCAGCCCACCAGACACCUUACAGAACUGGGUCGAUUACCUCAGUGGUGAAACAUGGAAUCCCCUGAAACUACGAUACCAGCUGAGGAACGUCCGAGAGCGCUUGGCCAAGGGUUUAGUAGAGAAGGGGAUUCUCACCACCGAGAAACAAAAUUUUCUAUUAUUCGAUAUGACAACUCAUCCCCUGGUGGAUCAGAAUGUAAAAGACAAACUAAUCAAACGAGUACAGGACAGCGUACUCUCGAAAUGGGCGAAUGAUAUUCAUCGGAUGGAGCGCCGUCAAUUAUCCUUGCUCAUGCUGUCACACGCGUCCGACGUUCUGGAGAACGCUUUCAACCCCUUGUCAGAUGAAGAUUACGAGAUGGCCAUGCGAAGGGUUAGGGACCUCCUCGAUAUGGAUUUCGAAGCUGAAUGCGCGAAAAGCCAGUCAUGUGAUAUCAUGUGGGGCGUAUUCGCCGCCUUCGUCAAGUAAGCUGUGUGGUCGAUGUCGGGGGCCUUCUGAGGGUUGAAUAUGGGGAUCCGUGCUUUUGUUGACGAAUUUUCAUCUCAUCAACCGCAGAUAUAGAGAGUUUCCGCUUCAGUUUAAUCAGGAAAGAGGAUCAAUCUUGUAUCUCUUCGAUUGAAGUCGGCCGGAGCCAUUUGCAGAGGGGAUAGCGACCUGAUAAAAAUAAUUCCCAGAAUAUUCCGAGUUGUACUACUGCAAUAUAGGGGUCAAAGAAACGACAAUGAAAUAGAUUUUGACGAAUGAUCAAACUGAUAAUGGCAAGGAGAUAGUGUACAUAUGCUGAGGGGGAGUUGUCGGAACGUCGCAGAUUGGAAGAGAUAUGCGAUUCGUAUAUUCCUAAAGGUAUACCACAUCGGUCACGACAAGCAGCGCCAUAUGGGUUUGGUGUCUCCGUGUAACGAGCUGUCCGAAAUAAAUGAGGAUAUUGAUGUUUCGU